GUGCACGUGUGUGUGUGUGGUAGCUACGUUGCCUGUCAUGAUCGGAUGUUGCUAAAGACAGUACAGUCUACAGGAAAGAGCCGGUUAGACGUGCAAUCCGCCCUCUGGAUGACCUCCAAGUCGAACACUCAUCCGGGUCUCACCAGACAGCUGGAUUACAGUAGGCGAAGUUCGAACUCAAUAUGACUGCACUGGAGGCUUCAAGCGAUGUCAGAAUUGUGAUAAAGAAAGGCUUUCUAAGCAAGUCCUCACGUGGUACAAGUUUGAUGGGGAACCACUACUGGAGGUCGCGGUUUUUCUCACUGGAAGCUCGCUAUCCUUGCAACGCAGUACCGGGACCAGAGCAUCUUUCAUUUCUGUACACCAUCAAACAUUCAGAACUUAAACAAAUUGAUCUGCAAAACUGCACUCCGGAUGAUGUUGAAGUGGUAACAGAAGAGGAGUGUCAAGAAUCAAGAGACACAAGAAUUAGAAAAAGAGAACACUUGUUUGCUAUCAAUGGCGUGGAAGAAGGAAAAGGCCCCAGGAGAUACUACCUGGAAGCAAUCAAUCACGAAGACAUGAUGUCAUGGGUAUGUAGGCUGAAGGAGUACCUUUCGAGAGAUCAAUCAUUUGCUGUGUAUGUUGAACCAAAUCAGGGCAUACAAGCAGGCAAUGCCUUGCUCACCUUUCGAGACAACUGCCUGGUUCUGCUAAGUGUGCUUGGCAAUUUUCCACUGGGAGUGUGGCAACUGAUAAAGCUGGUCUCGUUUGGUCUUGAAGGGCAAACAUUGUGGUUUAACACUGAGCAAACAAGACCACCAACAACUUUGCAAGAAAUCAAGAACCUUACACUGUCUGACGUGGAAGACUACAUCACUUUAGUAGUUGAAUCUCAACAUACAGGGCCGAGAAUCAUAAACAAAUUGAUUCAACUGAUUCAAGACGGAAUGAACAGAGCUGUGGUGAUUAAGCGGGGACCAGGAAUGGCAUACACUGUAAAGGAUGAUAGAAGCAAGUUGGAAACAUCUCAGAUGGAAGCAAGUGAAGGAGCAAGUCACACGCAGUUAAAAAUUCCAAAGCCAGUAUACAGUAGGUGCUCUACAAGUGCUCCUACUUCUCCUUCGUUGGCUCAUAAGAAGAUGACAUGUUUUGAGUGUGGAGACACUGUUGUACCAUACCAUGUAACCAAUUUGUUAGUUAGAAGCAGGGCUUUGGACGACGAAAUUGAUCAGCAAAUCAAUAAGAGAAUAGGUGUACAAAAGAAAAUUCAACAGAAAAAGGCUGCAUCAUUGCCACGGCUAAGGAGAAAAGUUUCUCAAGUUUACUUCAGCAAGACAAGUAAAGCUGACACUGCUAGAUUUGUUAGAAGACAAACAGGUAUAUACAAUGCUGACCAAAAGAAAGGAGAGAGUACAGCAAAUGAUGAUAGUGAUGUUGAAGAUGAUGACUAUGACGACGAAGAUGAUGAUGAUGAUGAUGAUGAUGAUUAUGAUGAUUAUGAUGAUAAUAGACAAGCAAGAGAGACAGAGGAGGAAGACACAGAUAAUGAUAAACAUGAAAGAGAAAAUGAUGUCAAAGCAACACUACCAAGUAGCAGUGAGCAUAGACAGUCCGUAGACUCUUCACUAUCUCGGAAAAUCAGCAGCUGCAGCAGUGAAGAUUACACUCCAAUGGCCCUAGUCCUUGAUAAUUUUGACAGCCCGCUGUCACAUCCAGAAGAGGAAGACGCAUCUAGUGAAAGCGAUGAAUACGUUAAUAUGAGCUUUGAAAGAUCACCUAGUGCAAAUGAUAAAGAAUACACAAUGGAUGAAAUUAGAAAUGGAAUAUCACAAUGACCUCUUCUCAAUGUUUAAGAGUUGCUGAUACAGGAAAAUUGAGUGGCAUUUCCAUUUGUCCAUACAUCAAUUGUAUAUAACCAUAUUUAGUAAUCAAGUAGCACCAACAUGAGCAAAGAAGAUACUUCUCC